AAUUUUUUUAAACAUUUUUAUGAUGGCGGAGGACAGUGAAUCCGCGGCCAGUCAGCAGAGCUUGGAGCUGGACGACCAGGACACCUGCGGGAUAGACGGAGACAACGAAGAGGAGAAUGAGCACAUGCAAGGGAGUCCAGGGGGAGAUUUGGGGGCCAAGAGGAAGAAGAAGAAGCAGAAGAGGAAGAAAGAGAAGCCAAGCUCGGGGGGAGCCAAGUCUGACUCUGCCUCAGACUCUCAGGAGAUAAAGAACCCUGGCUUGCCCAUUCAGAAGCUGCAGGAUAUCCAAAGAGCCAUGGAGCUGCUGUCCUGCCAGGGUCCAGCAAAGAGCAUCGACGAGGCAGCCAAGCACAAGUACCAGUUCUGGGAUACCCAGCCUGUGCCGAAGCUAAAUGAGGUGGUGACGAGUCAUGGGCCGAUAGAAGCAGACAAAGAAAACAUUAGACAGGAGCCGUAUUCCUUACCUCAAGGCUUUAUGUGGGACACUCUGGAUCUCAGCAAUGCAGAUGUACUGAAGGAGUUGUACACGUUGUUAAAUGAGAACUAUGUGGAGGACGACGACAACAUGUUCAGAUUUGAUUAUUCACCAAACUUUCUCAAAUGGGCUCUGCGUCCACCUGGAUGGUUACCACAGUGGCAUUGUGGAGUGAGAGUGUCCUCAAAUAAGAAGCUAGUUGGCUUCAUCAGUGCCAUCCCUGCAGAUAUACGCAUCUAUGACACACUGAAGAGGAUGGUUGAAAUCAACUUCCUGUGUGUCCAUAAGAAGCUGCGUUCAAAGCGCGUUGCUCCAGUGCUAAUCAGAGAGAUCACACGGAGGGUGAACUUAGAAGGAAUAUUUCAGGCAGUAUACACAGCAGGAGUGGUACUGCCUAAACCUGUGUCCACAUGCAGGUAUUGGCAUCGUUCUCUGAACCCCAGAAAACUUGUGGAAGUUAAAUUCUCGCACCUGAGCAGAAACAUGACCCUGCAAAGAACAAUGAAACUCUACAGACUACCAGAUAGCACCAAGACCCCGGGUCUGCGGCCGAUGGAGCGGCGUGACCUCCGCCAGGUCACCGAGCUGCUACAGAAAUACCUGAGAUGUUUCCAACUUGCACCUUCUAUGGGAGAAGAGGAGGUGGCUCACUGGUUCUUGCCACAGGACAACAUAAUUGACACAUAUGUAGUAGAGGGUGCUGGUGGUGUACUGACAGAUUUGGCUAGUUUCUACACUCUGCCCUCGACCGUGAUGCAUCACCCUCUCCAUAGGAGCCUGAAGGCUGCUUACUCUUUUUACAACGUUCAUACACAAACCCCACUAUUGGACUUAAUGAAUGAUGCACUGAUCCUGGCCAAACUGAAAGGUUUUGAUGUGUUCAAUGCCUUGGAUCUAAUGGAGAAUAAGGUGUUCCUGGAGAAGCUCAAGUUUGGCAUAGGAGACGGAAAUCUGCAGUAUUACCUCUACAACUGGAAAUGUCCCACUAUGGACCCUGAUAAGGUUGGCCUCGUCCUUCAGUAGCAGGUCUCUUCACGGCUGCUACACAAACACUGAUCAGGAGGUCUUCAGCGACCUCUGGCUAUUCCUUACCUGGAAUACAUACAGGUAGCCCAAGCUAGACAAUGAGAACUACAACAGUAAAACCAACCUGGAGACUGGGAGGCGGUUCACCCGUCAUCAAGAACAUUCUCAGUUCACCCGGAGGUGAAAACUCUUAAAUCAUCAACAUCCUGAAUGUGAAGUCAUGCUAUGCCUGAGAUACUCAUACAGUACAAUGCUCCUGACAUACACACUCACAUUUAAAACAUACCAGUUAGACAUACAAGAGGAUGCCUUGACAUUGUGAAUUUUGUUUAGUUCUUCUUCCUCAGCAGACACCUUGUUACAAGGGACUGUCAUGUCAAUUUCGCUGACAUUGAACUAUGUAAAUGAUAUUCAACAAGUAAACAUGACGGUAAUACAAAACAGUUAGUUAUUGUGUCCUCACUGCAACUGCACACUUGCAGUAUAAGAGGGUCUUAAAGGCAAUUGAAGAGUUGUUAUUCCCGUCUCAUAUCAUUAUGGUCAGACGUUUCUCUGUUGGCUGUUUCGGGCCUCAGUAGAAUUAGAAAAAAGCAAAGAACGUGUUUCUGUGAUAGCUGACGUAUAAAGGAAGAAACUUUUAUUUCUUCGAGCAUUCUGGAAAAAAAUAUCUUUUUAAAUGACAAAUAUGUUCACGCACACACACACACACACACACACACACACACACACACACAAAGGAUAUAUUCAUGGAAGGACUCAUCCAACUGGUGCAUUGAUAUACAUGUUUUUUUGUUUGUUUGUUUUUUUUUUUUUUGUUAAAAAUAUAUAGUUACCUGUACAUUUAAAGCCAGAACAUAUUUAUUCCUGUAGUGUGAGUUUGGGGUUCGGGAGGGCUGAUCCAAAGUAUUUUCCUCAUAAGUAGUGUAGAUGUCACUGAGUUUGUUCAGACAAUGUGGGUUUAAGUGGUUUUUGAUGAAGAAUGUAUUGCAUCAAUGAAGCACAAUUUUUGAGUUCCUAAACAAGCAAAAGGGUCGUUUUUUUUUUUUGUUGUUUUUUAAAGGGUCAGAUUUCAAAACAGAUGGGUUGUGGUACAUACUGUACAACCUUGGUUUUUACAAAGGAUGUAAACUGUUUUCACGUUAUAAACCUGUUUCUAGAGUUGGUAUUUUUAUUCACUGAUGCGCUCAUGCAGAUCUUUGUAGUAACAAACACAGCUUAGGGUUAUCUGCAUGUGAAUGGUGUGUUAUCCAGUUAAAGUUAACAAGGCUGUUAAAUGAAAGGCAAAAGUAACAGUAGCUGAAAACAGUAAGGAUCACAUGCUCAGUGCACAAACAGGGCAGUGAGAAUUAUAGCACCAAAGGCCAGAAAAAACAGUAAAAUACCAGUUAAACUAUAGCCAGGGUAGAUUUAGAUUUUUAGUCUUCUCUAGUCUUAUUACUCUCUGUAGCCUGUUGCAAAGCAGAGAAUAAGAUGCCCCUGUAACGCAGCCGAUUGGCUAGAAGUACAACACUGGGCGUGUAAACAUUCAUUCACAUCAAUGCACACGUAACCAUCAAUUCCCACACGUGCUGUAGGAUGUUAAAUGUGUUCUUAAUCAAACUCUCAGUUAAAUAAAACGAGAAUUGAUCACAACACUCAGUGUCUGGGGAAUAAUUUAACAGCAUGUAUUCAGAGUACAGUGGCUGAAUAAACCUGCCUGUAUCAGUAACCGCAUCAUUUUGAAAUUUGAGCUUUUCCUGUUUCCAGGUCCAUUUUUAUUGACUUUUCUGGAUUUGUUUUUUAAUGGUACUGUAUUUGUGUCUGAAAAAUAUACUGUGGAUGAUUUUUUUGUGUGUUGUGCAGCUAAAUGUGUGAAAUUCUUUGAAAAGUUCUGAUAUUUAUAAUUGUACUUUGCAAAAUGUCUUAAGGCAUAAUUCCUGUUCUUUUUUCUUUCCAGUAUUUCCCUAAAAUUUGCAGUUAAAUAGGCAACUUCAAUGCUGAUUUUUGAGGCGUUUGGAGCAUUUGACAUUUCCCUGUUCUCAACUGAGCAGGAUGAGGGUGAAAAACUGUUGUCAGAUGACUUGUUCAGUGGUGGAGCUGCUGGUGUACUCAAGGGUUAAAAAUGUUUUCAGAUUGUCUUUUUGCUCUGAGUUUGUUACUUUUUUGUUUGAUGUUCCUAUUCAUGUGGCUCUGCAUAACGUGAGACGUAGAGGCUGCUGCCAUUUUGUCCAUUUUUCUGUAUGUGAUGUAAUUUUCUUCUCAUCCCUUUAUAUAUUAGCAAGAAAAGGACAACCAACGGACAGUCAGUGCUUCAGGGGAUUGUUUUGGGAAAACAAAGUUGAAUUAGUUACAUUCAAAGACAGAUGUUACCGGCAUUAAUUUAACAUUGAAAUGAGGGAAUUGAGUCAACGGUGCGCCUCAUGAAGUUGGUUGUCACAGAUGUGUUGCCUGCAGCUGUCUGAGUGAACUUGGAGCAUGUUAGUUCUGCUGCUGUGAUGAUUUUAGUGUUGAUGUUACUAGCCACAACCUUUAGUGAGAACUCAUCCCGAAGUACCUGCCUUAUUUAAAAAAAUUUUUGGGGGUGUACUUUUGAAACGACAUACAGCUUUCUCUAACUGAAGAACAAUAUUUUUAUUCAAAUCCAUUGUAAGCUGUGAAAAAGCUGAAUAACUUGUACCAGCAUCAUUACGACAUGACCCCAUGCAAAUAAUCUGUUUCAACACACACACACGUCAGCUAUACCAGCAUGGAUAUUUGAUUGAAUAAACUCACUUCAAAAAGGAA